AUGAACAUUUCGGAUCUAAGGGAUGUAAUCUAUGAGAAGAAUAAGAUCGAUUUCAAAGAAUUUGAUGCCAAUAAGUUGAACCUAUGGUUGGUGGAUAUUCCUUACGAUACAGAGAACGUUCAACUGAGAACACUUCAAAACAGAUCCCGUGAUAUGAAUGAAGAAAAUAUUAUACAAGAACUCGGAGGUAAAAGGUUGUCUCCAGCUGAUGUUAUUGGCGACAUCUUUACGUAUGACUCCAAUAACAUCCGUAUCAUCGUACAACCGCCACCUCCCAUCACCACUGCAUCUCUUUCAUUUAAGGAAAUUAUUGAGGUUAUUAAGAAGAAUGCAUUAAAGGGUACAUCUAAUUUGCCUGAUGUAUUAAGCAUGCCAUUGCAACAACGUAACUUCGAAGUGGCAAUGAAUUUUGUAAAUGAGACAAUAUACAAUAAUAUUUCGGCCCGAGAUGGAAAAUCGAACUACUGGUGUAUUGUCAGUGAAGGAGCCCCGGGGAUAGGUAAAACUCGAUUUGGACAGGAGCUUUUUAAUCAAAUCAGAAAUGACAUGCCUCAGUAUAUUCAGGAUAUUUACAAUGAUUGUAAUAUUCCUCAUGACAGAAGAAAAACUGACACACAUCUUGAAUACUUAUGUAUUGACUUCGGAAAUGGUCACAGACUCACUCCACAAGAUUAUGGCAUAGAUGCAUCAAUAAUUCUCGGCUUACGAAUUGCGCAUGCGUUUUUUAUUGAAAAAGAAUAUGGAAUGACGUUUCAAGAAUUCCGCACCGCACUUAAACAAUAUAGGGGCAGCUUUGAUAAUUUUCAAUUUCAUGUUUUUAUCUGA